CCCACCAGAAGAUGGUAGGCUAUAGCUUUGAUAACUGAGGAUGGAUCUUGACGCUGCCAGAAUCUCUUUGGCGAACAUUUCAUAGUUUCGCGCAUGUGAUGAACGUCGACCUUUGUUGGCUUAGACCCUGGCGGGAGGCCACUGUGCCAACACAACUCUUCCAUGGUGCUCAAUCCAUCCGAAUAAGCGGACGCAUGACGCGCGAACUUGUUACGAGUAUUCUCGGGGGUCCACGGCUCGAGAGCCUAGAUCUGAAUGACCUCAAGCUAUGGGCGGAGCUUGAGCCAGCUUCGAAUUUCAACCAAAAGUCAUCCGCAUCGGGACUCGCAAGCUUUGUCUCAGAUACAGUAGAGCCUGAACUAGUACCGCCUGCUUCGAAUCACCUCCAAGAGCUACGGAAAUAUCUCAAUGUGAAUCGUGCAAGACUACGGAUGCGACCAAAUGAGCAAGUACUGGCCGGCACUCUUGACACGCUCGCAGCCCGCCAAAUCGCCCUUAGUUCUCUCCGUAUCACUUUGGCAGGACCUGCUUCGGGUUGCCACCCAACGACUCAAGAUGAUUCACUGUAUCGCUCAUGGGCACGUUUCCUAGCAUCGACACGCAAUACUCUUUGCAAUCUCUUCUUCGAACAAUGUGAAGGUAGCAAGACGUCGUCCGGACCUCAUAGGGGCCGUGAGAGAAGGCAAACAGAUGAACCCCGUCCGAUGGACUGGCUUUUUGUGCAACAGGUGCUACCUGUUUUGCUAGGCGCUCCAUGGCCGCAUAUCAAGCGCAUGGAGAUCAUAGGCGUGGGACGAAUCGACCGCGCGUACCAAGACCAUCUUGGGCGGCACGAGGAGGUGGUACGUGUCGCGUUCCCUCAAAAGGCUAGAGAGCAGCUUCGUGAACUCCUGGACUACGAAGCAGAGUUGGUAAUCGAAGAGCGGUCGUCUGCAGAGGGUGAGCAUGUCGAUCCCGCUGAUCCGGGUAUUCCGCCCAUAUAUAGUCAAUGGGAAGAUUGGAAGGCAAUCAUAGAUAGGCGCAAGCAACGGGACCACAGCGACAGUGGAAGAAACGAGACUGGCGGACUCGCGACUUGUCGAAUCAGCCCUCAAGAGCAAAUGAUAUUUCGAUGGCCGUAUAGGAGCUCGAAAGAUCUGGAAAGCGCUCUUCGUAUUGUAGACACGAGAUACUUGCUGUACGAGGAGUAUUUGGGAGGAGGGCCCAACCCCGAAAUCGAAAGGGCAUGAACGAAAACUCAACGGUCUUCUACAGGUCUUAGCGCGAAGACGGUCUGAUCUUCAUAUGUACGCUUUGGCAUCACUAGACGUGAUAGUCAUAUGGCAGAACAACGAAAAAUCCGAGUCCUCAAACACAUGUAAAGUUUGUU